AUGGACGCUCCGCAGCGCCCGCCGCGCCCCGCGCCGCCACCGCCUGCCCCGCGCCGCUCGCCGCCCGGGCCCCCACCGGGCUCCAACACAGGCGACAUCCUGCAGCAGAUCAUGGCCAUCACCGACCAGAGCCUGGACGAGGCGCAGGCCAGAAAGCAUGCUCUGAACUGCCAUCGGAUGAAGCCUGCUCUCUUCAGCGUGCUCUGCGAGAUCAAGGAAAAGACAGUGUCGAGCAUCCGUGGCAUUCAGGAAGAGGGCCCCCCUGAUGCUCAGCUCCUGAGGCUGGAUAACAUGCUGCUGGCCGAGGGCGUGUCCAGGCCCGAGAAGCAAGGGAGGGGCACAGCAGCAGCGCCAGGCGGCCAUCCCAGCGACAGGGGCCUCGAGCACUCUGGCUACAGGGCCAAGCUGUCCCAGAUCCGACAGGUGUACCACUCCGAGCUAGAGAAAUAUGAACAGGCCUGCCGCGAGUUCACCAGGCACGUCACCAGCCUCCUCCAGGAGCAGAGCAGGGUCAGGCCCGUCUCGCCCACGGAGAUAGCGCACCUGGUGGGUGUCAUCCACGGCAAGUUCAACAGCAUCCAGAUGCAGCUGAAGCAGAGCACCUGUGAGGCCGUGAUGACCCUGCGCGCGAGGUUCCUCGAUGCCAGGCGUAAGCGGCAGAAUUUCAGCAAGCAAGCCACAGAAGUGCUGAAUGAAUACUUUUAUUCCCAUUUGAGCAACCCAUACCCCAGUGAAGAGGCCAAAGAGGAGCUGGCCAGGAGGGGUGGCAUCUCGGUCUCCCAGGUCUCCAACUGGUUUGGCAACAAAAGAAUCCGGUAUAAAAAGAACAUGAGGAAAUUUCAAGAAGAGGCUGCCAUCUACACAGCCAGGACGGCGAUGGACGCCACUGAAGUCAGGGGCCCAGGGCGCCAGGCCAGCUGCCCGUCGAUGUCCCACUCCAGCUCCUCUGGCCCCUUUCCGCUGACCGGCCCCGGGGACGCGUUUGUCCGCCUGCAGACGCUGGCCUGCCUGCAGCCCACGCCCCGGGGAGGCGGCCUUCUGGCCCAGGCCAGUGGCGGCUGGCCGGGGAGGCAAAUGCCAACCGCUUCACCCAUUGGCAACCCCGGCAGCGUCACCUCAGACGCAUCUAAUUAAGUGUCGGGGCGAGCGGAAAAGAGGACGGUGUGACCUGCCCUGGUUCCCUGGCCCUCGAGUUCCUUCAGAAAACCCAGAGCUGACGGCAGAGGGCGCCCCAUGAGCCACCGGCCAGAGACACCAACAGAGUAACAGACGUAAACAGAGUCGUCUGCUUACGAACUGGGAUUUGAAACAGCUUGAGAUGCGGCUUGUUCUCCCAACUCUUGUUUUUAUAUUUAUACAUAUAUAUAUAUAUAUAUAUAGUAAUUUUAUGGUUAAGACUAUGAACUAUUUCUAGAAGAUUCUGCCAUUAAAAUUUUGGACUGAUUUUGCUUUUGCCGCCAUUCACCCCAGAUCUGUUGCUGGCAGUGGCUGACAACGCAAGCGCAGUUGUGCAAGUUGUGACCUUUUGCUCACUGGUCCGACCCGGUGCCAACUCGCCCAGACACUGCCUCCCUCCCUGACUUGUGUUCUGUUAUGAAAAUGCAGUUUUGAUUUAAGUCUGUUGUGAGCUCAGGGUUUUCCCAGAAUUAGUUUGGCACUUUUCGUUCUUAUGUUAAUACAAGUUCUAGCAUUUUCAGUUCAAAUGUCAUUCGAGACAAUAAACUUC